AUGGCGGAUACAAAGCCUAGUGUAACGGAAAAUAUGUUGGCAUUACUCAUUAUUUUUGUAGUGUCAUUGCUUGGCUUUGUCAGCAAUGGUUUAUCACUUCAUCUCACAGUCACAAAUUCACAUUUUCGGAAUGCUUAUGGCACUCUUUGUACGGCGAUUUUGUUGUGUAAUAUACAAACGAUGGCAGUUAUACUAAUUUGGGGAGCUGUUGUCCUACUAACGAAUUCACGUGAGUUAUCAUCGCAGACAUCUCCCAUUGCCUUAAUACCCGGAUGCUUUGCUAAUGUAUCUUUUUACGGAUCAUUAUUGCUGAAUUUGUUAAUUGCGGUAAAUAGAUACUGCGCUCUUACACAUCCUCUCAAAUAUCAUUCUUUUUGGUCUGUGCAGAAAGCUCGUAUAGCAGCAAUUAUUGCUUAUUUUCUUGGGUUUCUUCCAUGUUUUCCAAGCAUUUUUGAGCCCUGUACUCUCAUUUUUAAUAUGGAAUUGGAUUUGCGCUGGAGCUACAGUAAUACAAGUUGUGGUUAUAUUAAUUCAAUGUUUGACCUAAUAUUCUGUAUUUCAACGCUGACCACAGCGGGAUGCAUUAACUUUAUAACGCUUUUUAGGAUUAGAAAUUACAGUAAAUCAAGAAAAAUGAAAGUAGACCAACUGAUAACACGUUCUAUCAAUCGCAAUCGUGACAUAGGUUUUUUUAAACAGUCGUGUACCAGUGGGUUUACAAUUAUGAUAGUUGGUAUUUUCUUUAAUGUUGGCCCACAUUUUCUCACCAAUAAAUGGGCCUUAUUUGCUGCGACUACAAUUUGUUGGCAAAUUUCGAAUACCUUAGAUGGGUUUGUUGUAUUGUUCUUCAGUUGGCAUUACGUCAGGAAUUCAUCAACAAAUAUAGUAAUGGAUCUAAGGCGACAUGGAUGGUAA